UGAUUACAACUGCCCUCUGUAUAUUAAAUCCUGUCAACUCGUUGGGAUUUGAAGAGAAAAUGCCUGGUGUCAUACCUAGUGGAAGUAAUGGGCUUUCAAGCGGCAGUCCAUCCAACAAAAACAGACUUUCCUUGAAGUUUUUUCAGAAAAAGGAAACCAAGAGAGCCUUGGAUUUUACCGAUUCUCAAGAGAGUGAAGAAAAGGCUUCUGAAUAUAGAGGCUCUGAAACUGAUCAAGUUGGACCUGCAACACAGUCUUCACCUAUAAACAGUGAGAAGAGAGAAAAUUUACUACCGCUUGUGGGACUGAAUAACCUUGGCAAUACUUGUUAUCUUAAUAGUAUACUCCAGGUGUUAUAUUUUUGUCCUGGUUUUAAAUCUGGAGUGAACCACUUAUUUAAUAUUAUUUCAAGGAAGAAAGAAGCUUUAAAGGAUGAAGCCAAUCAAAGAGAUAAGGGAAAUUGCAAAGAAGAUUCUUUGGCAAGUUAUGAACUGAUAUGCAGUUUACAGUCCUUAAUAAUUUCAGUUGAACAACUUCAGGCUAGUUUUCUCUUAAAUCCAGAGAAAUAUACUGAUGAACUUGCUACUCAACCAAGGCGACUGCUCAACACACUCAGGGAACUCAGCCCAAUGUAUGAAGGGUAUCUACAGCAUGAUGCACAGCAAGUAUUACAGUGUAUUUUGGGAAACAUUCAAGAAACAUGCCAACUCCUAAAAAAAGAAGAAGUAAAAAAUAAUGCGGAAUUACCCACUAAGAUAGAAGAAAAACCUGAUCAGAGAGAGGAAGUGAGUGAUCUUAACAGUGUGGAGACUGACAACAUGAGGAAUUCUGAGGACUGUAAAGAAAAGCUCCCAAAAGGAAACGGAAAAAGAAAAAGUGACUCUGAAUUUGGUAACUCGAAGAAAAAAGUUAAAACAUCCAAGGAACACCAGUCACUGGAAGAGAACCAGAGACAAACCAGAUCCAAAAGAAAAGCUGUAGGUGAUACGUUAGAGCUUCCUGCUAAAGUAAUUCCCAAGUGCAUUUCUGAAAAUGAGAGUGCAAGACCCUCACAGAAGAAAUCAAGAGUAAAAAUAAAUUGGUUAAAGUCAUCAGCUAAGCAACCCAGCAUUCUUUCUAAAUUCUGUAGUCUGGGAAAAAUAACAACAAACCAAGGAGCCAAAGGACAGGCUCAAGAAAAUGAAUGUGAUCUUGAAGAGGAUGUGGAGAAGUGUGAAACUGUUGACACAACUAAUGUUUCUGGUCUUGAGUCUCCAGGAAAUAAGGUUACACCUGUAAAUCCUAGUGAAGCUAAGCCCAUAAACAAAGGUGCAGAGCAAAUUGGUUUUGAGCUAGUAGAGAAAUUAUUUCAAGGUCAGCUGGUAUUAAGGACUCAUUGCUUGGAAUGUGAAAGUUUAACAGAAAGAAGAGAAGAUUUUCAGGACAUUAGUGCACCAGUACAAGAAGAUGAGCUUUCUAAAGUGGAGGAGAGUUCUGAAGUUUCUCCAGAACCAAAAACGGAAAUGAAGACAUUAAGAUGGGCAAUUUCACAAUUCGCUUCAGUGGAAAGGAUUGUGGGAGAAGAUAAAUAUUUCUGUGAAAAUUGCCAUCACUACACUGAAGCUGAACGAAGUCUUUUGUUUGAUAAAAUGCCUGAAGUUAUUACUAUUCAUUUGAAGUACUUUGCUGCUAGUGGCUUGGAGUUUGAUUGUUACGGUGGUGGACUUUCCAAGAUCAACACACCUUUAUUGACACCUCUUAAAUUGUCACUAGAAGAAUGGAGCACAAAACCAACUAAUGACAGCUAUGGAUUAUUUGCAAUUGUGAUACACAGUGGCAUUACAAUUAGUAGUGGGCAUUACACUGCUUCUGUUAAAGUCACAGACCUUAACAGUUUAGAACUAGAUAAGGGAAAUUUUAUGGUUGACCAAAUGUGUGAAAUAGGUAAGCCAGAACCGUUAAAUGAGGAGGGAGCAAGGGGUGUGGUUGAAAAUUAUGAUGAAGAAGUAUCCAUUAGAGUCGGUGGAAAUACACAGCCAAGUAAAGCUUUGAACAGAAAAAAUGUGGAAGCCGUUGGACUUCCUGGAGGACAAAAGAGCAAGACGGAUUAUGAGCUUCACAGUAAAGCAGCUGAUCCUGACAAAGUGACCAGUACAGCAUUUGCUGAAAAUAGAAAUUCGGACACUAACAGUCCUAACGGGACUCGUGAGUCUGAUGGAAACAAGGACUCCAGUGACCAAACAGGCGUUAACAUUAGUGGAUUUGAGAACAAAAUUUCAUGUGUAGUGCAAAGCUUAAAGGAGCAUGAGGGAAAGUGGUUGCUUUUUGAUGAUUCUGAAGUGAAAGUUACUGAAGAAAAGGACUUUCUGAAUUCUCUUUCCCCUUCUGCAUCUCCUACAUCUACUCCUUACUUACUGUUUUAUAAGAAAUUAUAGAGUAAACGUAUUUUCAUUGUACAUAUAUAUAUAUUAAACAGACCUGGACAAACAUUGGUAAAGUUGAUUACAUGAAAGAGUCUUUUAGCUUAUCUUUUGAAGUUACUGGAUAUUAUUUGUCUCUAGGUUUUUCUAUAGCGGAAAUUUGAAUUACUGAAAACCAUGUUAAUAUUUUAGGAUUCAUUUUCCUUUGUAGAGACUAGUGACACAUUAGCUUCUGGGAAUAAACUUAAAUAGGUUCGUAAUGGAAGCAUUUACGUACUUUUGGAUUUACACUGACCUUUUGUGUUUGCUUUUUAAAAUAAAGUGCUUGUAUUUGUAU